AUGUUUAUCUAUCUAUCUAUCUAUCUAUCUAUCUAUCUAUCUAUCUAUCUAUUUCAAUCAGUACAGAUCUAUCUAUCUAUCUAUCUAUCUAUCUAUCUAUCUCAUUCUGUUGAUGUUUGUCUGUUUAUCUAUCUAUCUAUCUAUCUAUCUAUCUAUCUAUCUAUCUAUCUAUCUAUCUAUCUAUCUCAAUCAUCUAUCAGAUCUAUCUAUCUAUCUAUCUAUCUAUCUAUCUAUCUAUCUAUCUCAUCUAUUCAUAUCUAUGUUUAUCUCUAUCUCUAUUCAUGUUUCUAUCUAUCUAUUUCUGUCAGAUCUAUCUAUCUAUCUAUCUAUCUAUCUAUCUAUCUAUCUAUCUAUCUAUCUAUCUAUCUGCUCCUUUUAUUAUCUUCUCUUUCCCUCUUCGUUCUUUCUCCCCACUUUUUUGGCAAUUCCAGCAUCAUUUACCAAAAAUUAGCUCCAUUAUUCCCAAAAGACCUUUUUUACUUCUUGGAUCUUCGGCGUCGUCAAUACUUAGCAGUUUUUCUUUCUUUCUUUCUUUCUUUCUUUCUUUCUUUCUUUCUUUUUGAACAAUCCUGCUUGGCUUCUUUUCCAUAUGGAACUUCUUCCUCUCUUUCUUUCUUUCUUUCUUUCUUUCUUUCUUGCUUUCUUUCACUCUUUCUUUGUUUCUUUGUAAUAAUUAUAUACACGCCUUUCUUUCUUUUGGAGGAUGAAAUCGUAUUUUUUUCUUUCUUUCUAAUAAUUACAUAA